UCCGUGUGAGCUUUUCCCAAAACAUUCCAUAAAAAGAAAUACUCUUCUAAAACCGCCAUCAGCAUCAGAUCACAAACCACACCGAUGACCAAAACUUAGCCCUCCUCUACUCUCUCUCUACAUCACAUCUUCAACGCAUUCCAUUCGCGAAAUCCCCAAAAAGCCACUGUGUUCUGUGGGGUGGUCUGAAGGAGGGGAGGAGAUGAACAGCCACAAGUUCCAAAUCUUCGACUCUCUUCCGGCGUAGUAAAUAGCGCCGAACCCUUUUCACAUGGCGAAGCGCGUGUACGAACUCUGGAAAGGAAGCAAUGAUUGGGAGUUGGAAGAGGUGAGCAUUUUCUUGGAUCAAUUGUAUUGGCAGGAAGGAAUUGGCAGGGGUUAUGACAAUUUGAUUUGGAUUCCCUCUUCUCACGGUCAUUUUGAAAAGUUCUUCCUUGGUGGGAGGGUGAUAUUUGGGCCAGAUGCCAGAUCAUUGCUUGUCACCUUAUUGUUGGUCAUCGUUCCUGUUGUUAUCUUUUGUGUAUUUGUUGCAAGGCAUCUCCGCCAUGAAUUUUCUCCACAUAAUGCAGGAUAUGCAAUUCUGGUGCUGGCAAUUGCCUUUACUAUCUAUGUGUUGGUGAUUCUUUUUCUUACUUCAGCCCGGGAUCCGGGAAUUGUUCCCCCUAAUUCACAUCCGCCAGAGGAAGAAUUACGUUAUGACACUUCGAAUUCAGUGGAGGUUGGGGGAAGACAAACACCAAGCCUACAGUUUCCUCGAACAAAAGAAGUUAUGGUCAAUGGUCUUCCUGUCAGGGUUAAAUAUUGUGACACCUGCAUGCUAUAUCGGCCUCCACGUUGCUCGCACUGCUCUAUUUGCAACAACUGUGUGGAGCGAUUUGAUCACCAUUGUCCUUGGGUGGGCCAAUGCAUUGGAAUGCGCAACUACCGUUACUUCUUUCUCUUUGUUUCAUCUUCAACGCUUCUUUGCAUUUAUGUGUUUGCCAUGUCAGCUUUGUACAUAAAGUUCCUGAUGGAUGAUCAUCAAAGCACAGUUUGGAAGGCAAUGAAAGAAUCUCCUGCCUCAGUGAUAUUAAUGGCAUAUUCAUUCAUUUCUUUGUGGUUUGUUGGCGGACUCACUGGCUUCCAUUUGUACCUUGUAAGCACAAACCAGACUACGUACGAGAAUUUCCGGUACAGAGCUGACAACAGGAUCAAUGUGUACGACAGAGGUUGUUUGAAUAAUUUCCUAGAAGUAUUUUGCACGAAGAUAAAGCCUUCGAGGAACAACUUUCGAGCCUAUGUACAAGAGGAGGUACAAAGGUCUCCUAUGCCGUCCACCACCCGGGAAAACGUAAUUGAGGGUUUGGCCGAGAAUCGACGCAUGAAGGUAGAGGAUGAUCUAGAGAUUGGUGGAGAUCUACUAAAGAUUUCACAGCGUCAUAAUAUUGAAGAUAUUGAAUCAGACAUACGCAGCAGGGGGAGCGAUGUGACUCACCAUAAUUCCUCAGAGGCUUAUUCUGUUUUGGGAUCAGAUCGGCGAGCUCCCACCAUCCAAUCAGAAACACGGCACUCAAGUUUGGGAAGGAGAAGUGGGAGCUGGGAAAUUGCACCGGAGGUCCUUCCUAGCAACUCCGUGGUCACUGAGAGCAGAAACUAUGCUGCUCCAAAUGAAGUACACCAUUGAGAGUGUAGCAAUUACAUCUGAUUUAAAUGCGCAUGAGGUGUCUGCGUGGUUGAUAUUAUUGUGGCGAAUGCUCCAUUUCUGCUCUGGGCGAUGUUGCUGUCGAUUAGAACGCUACUUUAUGCUGCAGGGAGUCAAAUUAACUCCCUUUUAAGGGGAAAAAAUUUCUGUAAUUCCUUUUUUUUUUUUUUUUUUUUUUUUUACUUCCUCUUUUCCUUCUCUGGAAUGCUAGCUCGUCUUCUUUUAGAAAGCAGUCAAUAGGAAUGUGUGUAAUUGUUUGAGAAGAAUAGGGAUUAGUGUUUUUAUUUCUAUUUUUCUUUUUCACUCUCUUGAUCUUGCUUGUUGAUGUGGAUUGAAUUUGUAGUGAUGAUUCUGUGUAAACAAAUACCUCCUUGGGAUUUGAAUUUUUUACUAUUCUUCCAUACUGUAAAUGUGUGCCCCUUGAGAAAACUUUUGGUA